CAGUGAACCCAAUAAACGCAUAUACGAAAACGGUGUGUAUCGUUUUUCCAUUGAUCCAAAUUGAAUGAAGAAAAGAUGAAAAUUUGUGUAGUGCAUUUAAUUUAUUAUUGUAUCCCGCAUAUAAAAGUGUGCUUAUUCAAUUUCGAAUUGAAGAAAAUGUAAUAGUUGAAGAAGAACAAAGCAACAACGAAUGAAAAAAAAAAAAACGCCGAAAAGAGCGAGAAGUGAAGAAACAAUUGUGCGUUUUAGAUAAAAUCAAAAACGAACUGAAUGGUAAACAGAAUUCCAUGAAACUGUUUAUAAAAAAGUGGACAAAAGAACACGCUCUAAAAAAAUAUAUAAAACAAUAAGAAUUAUAUCGAGUGAAUGGUGAAAAUUUCGUUCGGCAUACGUGAAUUAAGUUUAAAAGAAAAAAAAAAAUUCCGAAAAAACCUCAGUGAUUUGUAACAAGAAAGAAAACCAAAAGAAAUUAAUUGGAGAAAAAAAAAUCGAAUUACCAAGAACAUUGUAUGGUAUUCGUGUUGUAAGUGAGCAAGUGUGCGAUGUGGUGAAUAGAAACAUGAGCGCCGACAUUGGCGUUCCAUGGCGAUCAUCGGCUGUAUGCAGCGGUGAAUCGAGAUCUCCAUCGUUGUCAUCAUUACCUCCACUUCCUGAUUUGAUUCCAAUACGAAAGAGCAACAAUAAUACGCUUAUUAAAGCCAAUCUUAAACAUGCCAAUCCAACAAACAAUGGAUCUGCGUGCACAAAUGCUACAAAUAACAUUGAAACGAUGAACAGUCAUCCGAAUAGUGAUCAAAACGGGAAUAUUGCAAAUGAUGAUAGUCAAUUUGAAGAACAAUUGACAGACAUUAAACCAAAUGCCACAGAAUUAUCUUUGUACAAAACUUAUGAUGGGAAUCGAAAUGGCACUGAACGUGAAGACGAUGAAGAGUACAAUGACGACGACAACGACAACGACGAUGAUGAUGAAGAAGAAGAAGAAAAUGACCAACACAUUGAAGGCAAAGCAGCAGCAAAAUUGUCGAUGUCGAUAAAACAAGAACAUCAUCGUCGUUGUUCGAAUGAUGACGAUGGCGAUGCAUUUCGCAAGUGUGCAAAUGCAUACAGCGCCGAUGCAAUGGCUACUGUUUGUGUUAGUAUCGGUGGCAGUUAUUUUACAAAUGCAAACGGUAAUACGGUUCAGUGUGACAGAAAUGUGGAUGGUGGACAGUUAAAGCACAUAAAUAAUACGUCUUUGAUAAAAAAUGAAAAGUGUCAAAACAGUGGUGAUUUAAUGAAUAGUACCAAUAGUCAAUGCAAUAACACCGAUUUUGGUUCGUUUGACGACCAAAAUGUCGAACAAAAAAGUGCAGAUAGCCGAAAUGACAGUCAAAAAUCGACCAACAAUGUUGGUCAACGGCCACAGAAUGGGAAAGCCGGCAAUAAAAAAAGUCAAAAUAAUUACAUUUCAGAUAUGCCAAAACGUACAACACGAAGUGCAUUAGAUACAUAUGAAUGCAAAGCAAGACUUUAUACACCAUUACCGGCACAUUACUAUAGUGUUCAAUAUGCACGAGCCGCACGAAAACCAAAACGAAAAGUGCUUAAAGGUAAGGGACGCGGUGGUGUUACAAAAGUUGGCCGAAAACCGAAAACAAAAUCAAAUACAACAAAAAAUGCAUCACUUGCACUGGAAAGUGUUACAGAAAAAACAACAACAUCAUCAACAACCGCCACACCACAAAUGCCAUCAAGGAUUAAUCCGAUUUUUUUGUUUGUUAAACGUGAUAAUACGCGAAUCGUUGAGGUUCGAUGUGAAGACUAUGACAAACGGAAUCGAAUUCGUUUAACAAAAACGGCCAGCGGAUGGCGGGCCACACCAAGGACGGACGUUUCAAAUGAAAAUGCCACAAAUGUUUCGGCGACAAUGUUACCAAAGGUCAUGGUCAAAAGGCUUGAAGAUUCGGAUACAAAAAUUUUAAAUCAAAAUGCGAAUAACAUAGAAAAUGAUAGCGAUAAAAAUUCAACCUGGCGUGUGAAUCCAUUUUCACAAAAUCGAAUUUUUAUCAAGAAAGAUGUGUGCACCGCAUUGAAUAACAAUGAUUGUAAAUUCAAUAGCAUGUAUGAAAAUCGUCAAUCGCAUGAUGGCAAUAAUAGCAGCAAUGCUGAACAUAGUAGUGGCAUGGAUACAUCCGCAUCCGACAAAGUGCAUUUGUUAAAUGAAUCGUCGUCGUCGCUGGCAACGCGAAAAAAGCACAAGAAGAAAAAGAAGAAGAAAAAAGAAAAGCACAAAUCGAAAUUGGAUAAAAUGCUGUUAACGACGACCGAACAAUUCGGUUCACAUUCGGAUGUAUCAUCAAAACAAACUACUCAAAAUGAUGCUAUAAGUGAGGAUGGACAAAGGGCGCAUGUGACACUAAUACCAAAAUCUAUGGUUGUAGCAUCGAAACGAAAUGCAUCUGGAAAUGCAAAUGCCAAUGAAUGCAAAUUUACGAUUCGACUGAGCAAAAAUGGGGAAUCGUCGUUCGUUGCAACGAAAAAAUUCUCAACUAUAUCAUCCAUACCAUCGUCGUCGUUGUCGUCGUCGUCCCGAUCGCCAAAACCCGAAUUCAACACAUCCAACGAAAAGAGCAACGGGCUGAGGCUAAAAAUCGUUGCGGAACAACGGCAACAAUUCCUUACCGAACGAGACCAUUUUAGCGACGAACAGGAGAGCAAUAGCGUUGCCGAAAUGCAUUCGGUGGCAGUUGAACAACAACAACAACAAGCCACAGAAGUAGAUUGUGAUAGUGGUGAGAUGUACGAUGGAAUUGAUGCAGAAACUAAAAUGAAUUUGGAUGCGUUGAGCGCAAGUGUGAGCAAUGUUGAGUUGGCCGCAACUAUCGAUUGUGAGAAAAUUGAUACGAAGAAGGAAAUUGUAACGCCAGCAGAGUCUCCUUACAGCCAAGUCGAAUAUCCUUCUCUGUCUCCAUCAUCGUUGCAGCCACAUCACCAUCAUCAUCGUCAUCGACCAAUACAAAUGCAAUCGAAUGAUGCAGUGGAACUCUCAAAUACAUUCAUAAAAUCGACGAGAGGCACGCAACAGCAACAGCAGCAGCCAUCAACUACAAGCGAAACAAUCUCAAGUUGCAGAAACAACGAUAUUGAAACGUUUGCGAGCCCAGAUAGUGCACCAGUUGAGACAUUUGAUUCAAAACUAUCAGUGAAACAGUGUGUUGCGUCUCGAAAUUCUGCAAAUGCAGCAUCAACAGCACCAACAGCAGCUCCCACACAAUUUCAGUGCAGUGACAAUAAUAACAGUAUUGAUGAAAAUUUAAGCAUUGAAAAACAUUUAGAAGAUUGUGUUGAUUUGCUCGAUGAGAGUUCAUACGACAUUGAAAAUAUACAAGUGAGUGAACCACAUGAAAUUGGCGUUGAUAACGAAUCACAUUCGAAUCAAUUGCAUCACGAUCUGGGUGAGUACCAUGAAUUAAUUGCUCGCAUUCAAAGUGGCGACGACGAUCUUUUGAACGGUGAUAAUACUAUGAGCGGAACCGAACUUAUUGAUUCGCUGGUUGAACGUGGUUGCAAAGACAACAAUAUAUCGGGCGAAGACGAAGAAAAUCAACACAACGAUCUGAAAAAUUCAAUUUGUUUAUCGGACGAUUACAAUGAUGUGGACACAAAUUUAUUGCUGAGCUCACAGCCCGUUGUCGAUAUUUUAACGCGUUUGAAUAACGAAACAAUGGCUUCGUCAUCAUCGUCGUCAACCAAAUGCUUGUCAUUCAAUGAGGCGGGAGAAAUUGAAGGAUUGAGCGAUGCAUUAUUUUCAAAUGCAAAAGGCGAUAGUUUGGUGCCAUUCAAUCAAAGUGCAUUCGAAGAAUUAUCAAUGACACUGAAAGGACUUGAAAAGCAAUCAAAUCAAAAUACAAAUGGAAAAGAUGUCGUUUGCACAGUCGUUUCUCCUGAUUCGUGCGAAGAUGAAUUGCCAAAAGAUUUGAGCUUCAAAAAAACAAAGGAGAUUUCAGCAGGCCUGCGCAUUGCAUCGCCGCGAACAAUUUCACGAGGUUCCGAUGCAAUUCAAUCCCCUCAACCCUCUGGCCUGCCAGCUGUGCCUCCAUCACCAGACAUUAUAAUGGCAUUGCAUCAACAUAGAAAACAAAAUUCACUAUUUUUAGACAUUUCAUCACCGUCACCAAAACCAUCCGAGGCAAAUGUUUUACAUUCUAAAUCGGACUUUUUCGAUUUAUCAUCACCAAUACCAAAGGAUGACAAUGACAAUAACAGUUCAUCCAAUACAAAUAUCACGUCAAAUAGUAACACUAAUAUUAAUAAUAAUAAUAAUAAUAAUUCACGUAGCAUUUUAAAGCGAACGCUACAAAGGGAACCGCUUGAUUUGGGCCAUAAACAUCGUAAAUCGGCAAGUCCAACCAUAAGUUGUUCGGAAGAAGUGCAACGUUUGUCGGCGAUGGCCAAUGGUGAACCGCUGGCAAGACGCAUAAAGACUGAACAUCGUACUGAUAACAAUAGUUUAUUGGCCGCUGCAGCGGCAACAGCAACAUCAAAAGACACUAGUCAAUCAUCAGCUUCGGCUAAAGAUCCAGAUCCUCUAACGCAAUUGCGUUUAUUGAUAAAUAAUCCUGAAUGGAAAUUGCCCGAUCCAAUUUUAGUGCCAAAAAAUCGAUUAAACGCUGUAUUGGCAUCGCCAGCACGUGAAAUUCCAUUGUUAUUGACCACAAGACCUGAACUUCGACUACCCGAAGCAUUUGCAUAUCCGUCAAUACUACAAGAUCCUGACAUACUUGUGAUAUCGUUUGCCCAACUGGAGACCAUCAUUCGCAAACAAAGUGAAUUUAUGAAAGACGCCGAUCCAAAUCGAAAUUUAACAUCGAAUAAUAAUAAACAUAGCACGGCUGCAACAUCAUCAUCACAACAAACAAAAUCUACAUCAAAUCAAAGAGACCAUCAACAUUCAAAUCAACACCAUAAAGAUCGUAAACACACCGAAAAAUUACCGGAAACAAUUCAAUCAAGUCAUGAUAAAAAUACGAUGAAAGCAACUAGUGCACGAACCGAGACGACUGCUGUUUCACCGGCCGGAAAUCCAACCACGUUAGCAAAUGACAUAAAUUCCGCCACACUAGAAGCUUUAAAUCAAAUGAUUUGGCUACCAUACUUGAGCCAACUCUCACAAAUGGGUCAAAUAACACCCGAACUACUGAAAGCAAUGUCAAUGUCAAAUUUACCAAUGCAACCAAAUGCAUUUGCUGCUGCCGGUGCAGCGGCCGCCACUCAAUUUGGUUUAUCAAAUGCAUUGCCAAAUUUGAAUAAUCCACUUGAGUUGGCAAUGUGGCAAGAGGCAACGGCAAAUAAAGUCGCAUUUCAACGCCUUAUGGAAAUGAAUGCGCAAAAUAUUCGUGAAGUGCAACGCAAAGCAAUCAAUGAUGCUAAAAUGCAGCAACGAAGUCAAGAUAAUAUUGCGGCCGCAUUGCGACAACAGCAAACUCUAUUGCAGCAAGCACAAAUGCAAAAAUCGGCCAGUGCAUUUUUUCAAAAUUUUCAAAAUCGUACACAACAAACCCAGCAAAAGAGUCCGGCACAACCAUUUUUAUCGUCGGCAUUUGGAAAAGACAGCCAAAAUGAAGCAUCACAACAACAACAACGAACGGCAUGCAAUUUACCGUCACCAACAUUACCAAAACGAUUGGCAAAUGCAAUGAACCAAAGUCCAUUUUUCCCAUCGACCAACAAUUUCUCAAAUAUGGCCAAUUUACAUCACAAAUUUGGUAUGGGCGGUAGUGGAGGUGGCGCUGGCAGCAGUGGUGGCAAUACAUCGGACAAUGCAAACAAUACGGCAACAUCCCAAAACGCAUUGAGAAAAGCUCGCAAAGAACAACUUUUACAACAGCAACAACUACAAACAUUGCUUCUUCAAAAUGCCGCCCAACAUUCACAACUCAAUUUACCUGUGCACCAUCAUCAUCAAUCAAAUGAAUCGUCAAACAAAUCGCUAAUGAAUUUAUUACAACAAUCAAACUUGGAACAAAUGCGUUCACAACGCAAUGAAACAAUGGCAAACAGCAAUAAAAUGUUAUCAACGAUUCCAUCAUUUGAUCUUACCUCACCGAAUUCGCAACAGCAAACCAGCAAUAGCAAUACAAAUCGACCAAAGCUUCGUGUUAAAAAUGGUUUACAUUUACUCGAUCCACUCGCCGCUCAAAGACGUUUCCUUUCCGGUAAUGCUGCACGAUGCAAUGAUAGCCCGGAAAUUGGCAGCACCACAAAUGGAAUUGAUGAAAUGAUGAUGAAUUCCGGUGUUUUGAAUUCGCAAUCGUCAUACACAAGUCCAUGGCAUUGGACAAAGGUGACAGCAACAGGCGAAUGACAUACGGCUGAUGGUCGCAAGGAGACAACGAUACCAACAUCCGAUUUGUCAACAUAUCUUCCAGGCAACAAUGAUUUCCACAACUUUCAGCAAUUGAUGAAUAAUAAUAAUAAUAACAAUGCAACUAUUGUCAGCAAUAGCAAUGUAUCGCCAAAAAAUCGAAUGCAAAAUGUGAAUCUUGUGAAUGGCGGUGGUGGUGGCGGUGGAUAUCCAUUUUUGCCGCCGCCACAAAGCCAAGCGAUGACCGCUCAAAAUCCCUUAUCGCCCAGCGCUAAUUCAUCGAUGCUACCGCCGGCUCCAAUGGUAAAUCAAUCGCAUACGAUGGUCGCACAACAAUCACCGAUGGCCAAUGCACGCAAUGCAUUCCCAGUGGAUCGACCAUCUGGCACAAAUUUGGAAUCAAGCAACAAUCAAACAUCAAACCAAUCAAAUUCAACGGAUCAAAGUUCAACACAACAACACAAUCCCAUGCUUUCACCAACCAGACAUCUUCCAUUUCCGUACAGUAAUCUCAAUAAUUAUCACCGCAACUUCUAAGCAUUCACAAAAACAACAAACAUCAACAAACAAACACAUAAACCGAAAACAUUUUUUUUUAUUCACAUUUAUUUAAGUGUUUAAUUAUUACAUAAUAGAAAUUGAGAUUAGAGAACUGACAUAUUUGCAUUAUUGUAGUAGUUUUUGAGAGGCAUAGUGAAACAACAAAAAAAUUGAUGAAAAAAAAUUGAAAACAAAAAGAGAAAAGUGUAAUUUUCAAUAAUCAUCAUUGUAGAUAACGUAUCUUAUAAGAUUUGGAUUCCAUAUUGUUUCGUAUUGAUAAAAAAAAUUGACAUCAUUCUGUUGAAAAGGGAUUUUUUCAGAAUUCGACCACAAGAAUCACCGUAAUGAUGAUGACGAUAAAUAAAUAGAAAAAAUGUCAAGAAAAGGGUUCCUUCAAGCCACUUUGAUGUAACAUUGAAUUGAUGACAAAAUUGCUAUUUAUGACAUGCAAUUGAGAAAUAAUUAAUAAUAAUACGAUGACUUAUUAUCGUUUCCAAAACCUCUCCCCAGCUCUGUCCUCCCCCAUUCUGUGUAUGUUGUCUAUGCUAGUCUAGAAAUAAUUUAUUGUACUAAUUGUAACUUGAAAUUGAUAUUUAAUUGAUACGAUAUUGUAUAAGUGAUUGAAUGCGUGUAUAAAAGAAGAAAAUGCUUUACAAAUAUGAAUUUAUUAUUGACAAUUUUUUGAGACAAACUCAAAAUUAUGUUUUUUCUAUUUAAAAAAACCCACUAUUGAUAAACUAUGGUUGAGUGCUACUCAACGUAAAAAUAAACAGGCUAAAUAUCUCUGGAUUGAAAAUUAUCACCAGAGAGACAAUUAAAGUUGCAAUAAGUUUUUAGAAGACAAAAAUUGUUUCAUUAUCAUCUUUCAGACUAAUUAUAAUUUAUCGAUUGAAUACAUUGCCAAGCAUAAAGAAAUGCUUAUGUCAGUCCCAAAUAACUAAAUGGAACUCUAAAAAAAAUACACAAACUCGAUAAGCAAUUCGACAACAACAAAAACGAACACAGUUCUACUAUACUCUUGUUACUUGAUACAAUAUCAAAAAAGGCGAAAGAAAUUCAAACCGUCACUUAAGAAAACAAAAAAAAA